UGUGCGCUGCACGUUAAGGACGUCGUCCAUUAUUUCACGCUAGUUUCACAUGAAAUAUAUAAAGGUCACCGUCACAACGUUCAAAAUUUUUGGAAAUCUUGCUUGUGUAUCUAUGUAUUAAAUUUACUUUUUUUAAUCAUGAACUGCUUAUCGGUGUAUUGUAUCAUUUUCUCUGUAUUAUUAGUAUUACUGCAGUCAUCGUACAUCUCCGGGUCCGAUUUGGAAGAUGCCACUCCGGCGCCAUGUGACUCCGUGAACCUGUUGACGUGUUUCUUGCCGAUUGUAGCAUUCGCGCUGUCAGAUGAUGCUCAACGCCUGACUCCCGCCCAGUCAACCGGGAAGAUAACUCAGGCCCAGUUCACUCAGCUUUGCGAGCUUGUGCAACCGGCAGCUCAGUGUUUCAAGACUUUUUCAUCCCGCUGCGUUGCAAGGAACUUUACCGAUGUCCACGUUGCGGCCGAUGGCGCAGUAGAAUUCCUUAAGUUUUGUCAAAAGCCGGAUGCAUUUAACAAAGCUGAACUGAUUUUUGAAUGUUCGCACAAACUGAAGCUAGAGCACAAACAGUGCAGCGACCGAAUGAAAUCUGCGGUGCCCACAGAUUUGGAUACCAGCAACCCAGGAAAGCUCUUAGAACGGCAAAACGCCAUGCGGGAUUUAUGCUGUCAUAUGAAGAAGUACGAAAACUGCUUCAUGCCGGAAGUCAGCAAUAAAUGCAGCGCAGAUGCAACAAGCGCUAAUCAAGAUUUUAUCAACAACAUUUAUUCGUCGUUCAAGUGUUCUACCCAUCUUGGGAAUUGUCCGUCCAGUUAACUACUUAGCUGAUAUAUUAUCAUAAAGCACAUCAUGCUGCCUAACAAUAACGUCUUCCUUCCGGUACAUAACAACAAACGGACCUGAAUCGAAAUCUGCAACUCAGCAAAAAGAAUUUCAUGGGCAUUUAUGUCGCUGUAUUUCUAGCUGUUGUGUUUGACUUACAGAACAAUAGGAUCUAUAACUAAAACCUAUUAAAACGCAAAGCUGCUGUUUUUAUCUGCCAAAUUAACAAAAACCUGAUCGGGAUCCGAAUUUCCGUCACGAAUGAUCCUAUGGC